UAUAGGAAAUUUUCUCCACAAUUCCAUUCAGGGAAAAAAAAAAAAAGCUGAUAUGAGAUUUCAAGAAAUGCUAAUGAAAUUUGCGCUAACAUGGGUGCUCGUAGCUGCAGCAGCUUUUGCAGCAACACAAGAAUUUCCCAUAGCCAAGCCAGGUUGCCGAGAGAGAUGUGGAAAUAUCAGCAUCCCAUAUCCAUUUGGCUUGACAAAAGACUGCUACCUCAAUCGUUAUUUCCUUAUAAGAUGUAAUGAAACUUUUGAUCCUCCACGAGCAUUUUUAACAAACAGUUCAAUCAUUGUAACUGAGAUAACCCUUGACGGGAAGUUGCACAUCCUUCAAUCUGUAGUUCGAGAUUGCUAUAACACUACCUCAGGCGCAGCAGCUCGCGACAACAACCGCUGGUCCAUGCUCAGGCUAAGUAAAUUCGUCGUCUCUGAUACUGAUAAUAUGUUCGCUGCUAUAGGCUGCAACACAGAAGCAACCGUCUUGGGUUCCCUAAAAGCGGACAGUGAUUAUGUAUACAAGGUAGGAUGCAUGUCAAUGUGCAACAGCUUAGAAUACGUUCCAAAUAAUACUUGCUCUGGCAUAGGUUGUUGCCAGACUUCACUUGCCAAAGGAGUACGUUACUUGAAUGUUACAGUGAGCAGCUACCAGAUUAAACCUCCCAGUACGAUCACAGGCUUCAGUCCCUGCAGCUACGCCUUCAUUAUAGAGACAAGGUCCUUCAAAUUUGCUUCCAAAAAUUUUUCUGAUCUGAGAUCCGUUAAAAGACUUCCUCUUGUGCUGGAUUGGAAUAUUGGGGACAGCAAUUGCACAACGGUGAUAAACAAUACGAUGAAGAGUGCAUGUCAAGGAAACAGCACUUGUCAAAAUCCUGGAAAUGGGUAUGGCUACAUUUGCAAGUGCUUAGAUGGUUAUCAGGGGAAUCCAUAUCUCUCUAAUGGUUGUCAAGAUAUUGAUGAGUGUGAAAAUUCAACGCUGAACAACUGCGACAAGAUUUGUAACAACACACCAGGAAGUUUUCAAUGUUCUUGCCCUGAGGGAUAUUAUGGUGAUGGAAUAAAAAAUGGAACAGGUACAGGUUGUAUCCGGCGUCGCUCACAGGUGAUUAAGAUCACCGUUGGAAUUGGUGCUGGCCUGAUAGGUUUGCUAGCGUGUAGUUCAUGGAUGUACUGGUGUUUCAGGAAACGGAAGCUCAUGAAACUGAAGGAGAAGUUCUUUAGACAAAAUGGGGGUUUGAUGUUGCAACAGCAGCUCUCAAAAAGGGAAGGAUCCACUGCUGAGACAGCCAAAAUCUUUACAGCACGAGAGCUCGAGAAAGCCACCAAUAAUUAUGAUGAGAGCAAAAUUAUUGGAACUGGAGGAUAUGGUACAGUUUACGAAGGAACUUUAAUGGAUGGAAGAAUUGUUGCAAUCAAGAAAUCCAAAAUGGUGGACCAGAGCCAAAUCCAGCAAUUUAUCAAUGAAGUUGUUGUACUUUGGCAAAUCAAUCACAGGAAUGUAGUGAAGCUUUUGGGAUGUUGUUUGGAGACAGAAGUUCCACUGCUAGUUUACGAAUUUGUCACAAAUGGAACCCUCUUUGAUCACAUUCACAACAAAAGCAAGGCUUUAGCCUUAACUUGGGAAAUCCGAUUGAGAAUUGCUGCAGAAACUGCGGGAGUGCUAUCUUACUUGCAUUCUGCAGCUUCUGUUCCAAUCAUUCACAGGGACAUCAAGACAACGAACAUACUUUUGGAUGAUAAUUACGUUGCAAAAGUGUCUGAUUUUGGAACUUCGAGGUUAGUUCCACUUGAUCAAGAUGAAUUAUCAACAAUGGUGCAAGGAACUCUUGGCUACCUAGACCCUGAGUACUUACACACAAGCCAGUUGACAGAUAAAAGUGAUGUUUAUAGCUUCGGCGUAGUCCUUCUGGAGCUGUUAAGUGGGGAGAAAGCACUUUCUUUUGAAAGGCCUGAGGGGAAGAGAAAUCUGGCAAUAUAUUUUCUUCAUGCAUUGAAGGAGGAUCGCCUGGUGAAUGUAGUUGAGGAUUGCAUAGCAAAUGAAGGAAAUUUUAAGCAGCUUCAGGAAGUGGCUAACAUUGCAAAGAGAUGCUUGAGAGUGAAAGGGGAGGAAAGGCCUGCGAUGAAAGAAGUAGCAAUGGAACUAGAGGGACUACGAAUGAUGGCAAAGCAUCCAUGGAUUAACGAUGCAUCAAAUUCAGAAGAGACGAGGCAUCUACUUGCUGAACCAUCAAUGGAUGUUGUUCAUUAUGAAGAUAUUACUAGUUCAGGUGCUGGAUAUGACACCUUGCCUGGCUGCCAAAACCAAUGUGGAGAUUUAGUUAUCCCAUUUCCAUUUGGAGUAAAUGAGACAUGCUCCCUUAACGAAGACUUCAUUAUAACGUGCAACGCCUCAAAUGCUGCAUUCUUAGGAACCACACAAGUACAAGUCCUCAACAUAUCAGUCCAAGGUCAAUUGCGAAUCGCUGCAGAAGCAGCGUAUGAUUGUUAUAACGAAAUGGGUAACCUUACCAAACGUGCAAGAUCAAGAUUCUCGGUCCCUAAAUCUAAAUUCCCCCUUUCUUACAGGGAAAACAAGUUCACUGCCAUUGGUUGCGACACCUCCGCAAUUAUUCAAGGCACGAAAGCACAGACAUACGCCACUGGGUGCGUGUCCUAUUGUGUCAAACGUGAAGAUGUGACAAAUGGGUCGUGUGCUGGCAUUGGCUGUUGCCAAACUUCCAUUCCAAAAGGAGUGUUGAACUUUUUUGUCAGUGUAGUUAGCUUUUUUGAUCAUCAAAGUGUAUGGAGCUUUAAUCCCUGCAGCUAUUCCUUCGUGGUCGAGGAAAAAGCAUAUGAAUUCUCAGUGUUAGAUCUGGCUGACUUGAGGGGUGUGACAAAGUUACCCGUUGUGCUUGAUUGGGCCAUUGGAAAUGAAACCUGCAGUGAUGCUCAGAAAAGACCAGAAACCUACGCUUGCAAGGACAAUAGCAUAUGCCAGGAUUCUGAUAAUGGUCCUGGUUAUCGCUGCAAUUGCUCUGAUGGGUACAGCGGGAACCCGUACCUCGCUAAUGGCUGUAGAGAUAUAGAUGAAUGUGCAACUCCAAGCGUCCAUCUGUGCACACAUGGCUGCAAAAACACUCCUGGAAAUUAUACCUGUUAUUGCCCCAAGGGGUUCGAGGGGGACGGCAGAAAAGAUGGAAAUGGGUGCACUCGCAUUCAAAAGUCACCCAUUGGAGCUACCAUUGUCGUUGGCUUUGGCUUUACACUCCUGCUCGUUGCAAGCUCCUGGCUCUACUUGAUUAUAAGGCAAAGAAAGCUCAUAAAGCUUAGGGAAAAGUUCUUUCGGCGAAACGGUGGAUUUAUGUUGCAACAUGAACUCUGCAAUCCAAAACGAACCUCCAAUAAUGCAACAAAAAUAUUUACUGCAGAGGAGUUGAAGAAGGCCACCAGAAACUACGACGAGAGUACAAUCAUUGGUAAAGGAGGCUUUGGUACAGUUUAUAAAGGAACUCUGACAGAUGACAGAGAAGUUGCCAUCAAGAAGUCAAUGGUUGUUGAUCAAACCCAGAUUGAGCAAUUCAUUAAUGAGGUUAUUGUUCUCUCCCAAAUCAACCACAGGAAUGUAGUUAAGCUCUUAGGUUGCUGUUUAGAGACAGAAGUCCCACUAUUAGUUUAUGAAUAUAUUUCAAAUGGUACUCUCUUCGAGUACGUACAUAACCAAAGCAAUGCAUCAUCAGCAAUUUGUUGGGAGACCCGCCUGAAGAUAGCAGCAGAAACAGCAGGAGCACUGUCAUAUUUGCACUCUGCAGCUUCUGUGCCCGUCAUUCAUAGAGAUGUUAAGACAACCAACAUACUCUUAGAUGCUAAUUACACUGCAAAAGUCUCUGAUUUUGGUGCUUCAAGAUUAGUUCCACUGGAUGAAAUUCAGAUGUCUACAAUGGUGCAAGGAACAUUGGGAUACCUGGACCCAGAAUACUUGCACACAAGUCAAUUAACAGAGAAAAGUGAUGUCUACAGCUUUGGGGUGGUCCUUGUGGAACUACUAACAGGUAGAAAGGCUCUAUGUUUCGACGGACCGGAGGAAGAGAGAAGUCUUGCUAUGCAUUUUCUAUCUUCUAUGAAAGGAGAUCAAGUGGUUGAAAUUGUUGAGAAAGAUAUCUUGAAUCAGGGAAACAGAAAGCAACUGGAGGAAGUGGCUAAAUUAGCAAAGAGGUGUUUAAAUUUGAAAGGGGAGGAGAGGCCUAGCAUGAAGGAAAUUGCAAUGGAAUUGGAAGGACUGAGAAUGAUGGGAAUGCAUCCAUGGGAUCAAGUGAAAUCAGAAGAGACAGAACAGUUGCUGAAUCUGCAAGAUAAUGUUUUUGAUCAUGUUGAUGGUGGCAUUUCAAAAGCUGGGUAUUAUAGCAUGAGGGAUCAGGUCAAAUGCGAGACACGUGCAGGCCACAGUGACUAAAAUCUAGAACCCUAUCAUUUUGAAAGGAGCGCAAUUUUCCACCAGCUGCAUCCAACUCUGGCUGUCACAUAGAAGCCUGCAUAUAACGUAAGAUCAUCUUUCUUCCGACAAUCUUUCUACUUACUGCCAUAUUUUAAUGUCAACCAAAACUUGAGCUGCGCACUUUUGAUGAAAGGCUACCUUUCUUUGCAAGGACAGUGUAUAUUUAAGUAUCUUAACAAUGUUCUGUUGGGUCCUAACUUGCCCUAGUUUAGAUGAUGAGGGUUGUCUUUUAAACUUUGAAGAAUUAAUUGGUUUGCCUUUUUUCGUUGCAAUUUUACCUUUGUUGGCAAAGUAGUAAGCAAAAGUGUCAAAGAUGCUUCUUUUGGACUCUUUUUAAAUGUUAUGAAACUUUUUCUUAGGUUAGCUAUAUGCAAAUAAUGAAAUGGGCACUAUCCUCAUGUUUGCAUGAUUGAUAAUUAAGAAUAUGUCAUUCAAUUCUCACUCAAACUCUACUAUUAGACAAUGAACAACAAAGGCAGUUGCUUUUUAACAGUUUAGUAUUAUCAAAUUACUCAUUGUCUGCCAUUUAUACAUCUUUCCUCAAACAAACAAGUUGGCACUCUCCUUAAAUUCCUCAACAUGUCUGCUGACACAAACUCUCUAAAGCUGCUAUUUUCCAAUGUUAAUUCAAGAAGAGAGCUUCACCAAGGCAUCUCCCUCCUCAUUUUUCAACAUGUUAGUUUCUCGGAGGCAAAAGUUCUUGCUCUUUUCUUUUUUCAUUCUCCUGAUCUCAUCAUCAUCAGAAGCUUCAAGGUUGCCUAAGGAGUUUUGGGAACAGAUGUUGCCCAAGAAGCUGCCUACUCCUCCAUCUUCUCCCUCUAAGGGCACCAAUUCUGCCUCUGCAUCCUCUUCUCCAAUGGCGAGAGCUGAUACAACUCUUCCUUCAUCGGACGGAAAGGUCUAGCUAUGUACAGUUUACGGUUUCAACAACUCUCUAACUGUACAUUAAUAUAUAUCAAAUCUGAAAAUUUUGCACCAGUUGAUCUAUCCAAAGAAAGCAGGAAGAAUUCUUAAUGGUGUUUUUGUAUAUUCUUCAAAAAGAAACAAACGCUCUGUAGGUUUUCUCUGAAAAUUGGUCUGCGGAUGCACCGUGAAGAUGACUGAGUAGAGAUAUUCAUCUUGGGACAGGAGGAUGAUUACUGAAACAUUAAGGAAUCAAGGCAGAGACUGUUUUUAUCACUCGCGACAAGCAUAGAUCAUGUUAAUGGAGAAAAUAAACUCUCGAUGGUAAUUUUCCAGGAAAAUUCAUCUAUGUAAUAUCUCUUGUCCCUCCAUGGAAUAAUUUUGACAAAGUUUAACAGAUUUAGUUUC